AUGUCCUCCGUACGCGCCGACUUACCCGAAGCCGAACAAAAACAACUGGACGCCGAGAAUGCUCUGAAAGAGAAAGCCGAACAAGACGGUAUGGGGCUUUCCACCUCCCUCCCUCCCUCCACUCCGUCGUCCCUCGGCCCAACUGAUCCCCCUCCUCCUCUCCUGCUCUCCUGCUCUCCUGCCCCGCCUUCCCUCGUAUAGCUCUACCCUAUCGAUGGCGUCAAACGCUACAAGAUUUAACGAUCACGAUCCCCGUACCGCGCGGUACGAAAUCGCGUGACUUGCUCGUCGACAUACGCCAGCGGUCCAUCAAAGUAGGGCUCAAAGGCCAGGAGAUGAUCCUUCAAGGCGAUUUCCCCCACGAGGUCAAAGUCGAUGAAUCGACUUGGACGUUAGGUCAGUUAGGUUGAUGUUAUGCGGUGGGGGGGGGGGGGGUGUUAAAAGGGUUGCGCGAAGUGAUUUUGAAGCCUUUGAACUGAUGCACUUUUUUCUUUUUUUUACGUUGUUGCCGAAUGAAUGGGGGGGAAAAGACGAUAACAAGGAAGUGAGCCUCAGCCUUGAGAAAGUGAAUCAACAAAGUUGGUGGCCCCACGUCGUCACUUGCGCUCCCAAGAUCGAUACGACCAAAAUCACGCCGGAGAAUUCAAAGUUGAGCGAUUUGGACGGAGAAACGAGGGCCAUGGUUGAGAAGAUGAUGUUUGAUAAUCAACAAAAGGUACGCGACCGGAGUGGAAGAAGAGAGGACGGAGGGGUCGGGAGGGAGAGGGAAACCAGGCUCAGAUGUUAACGUUUCCUUUUAUUACUUCCAUCUUGUCGUCGAACAGCAAAUGGGCAAACCCACUUCGGACGAAAGGAAGAAACAAGAGGUAAAGUGUCACACCCCCCAUCACGCCAUCUGGCAUUCUCCAAAAGUAGAAAAGACCCGAAUCUUUGAUCUCUUUCCCUUCGUUCGAUCGCAGAUGCUCGAAAAAUUCAAGUUGCAACACCCCGAGAUGGAUUUUUCGAACGUCAAGAUGGGUUGA